GAGGUUUCGGUUGUAUCGACAGUAGUUGUAGUGCGUGUGAGCGAGUCGCAAAGCCGUCGGUGUUUUGAUUAUUUGCUGCUGGAUUGAAAGAAAAGAUAUUGUGCUGUUUUAGAAAUCAUCUUGUUUGUUCGUUUUUUUUUUGGCUGUGCCACAAAUUUCGCUGGCUCUAGCGGUUUGCAAAAAGUGAAUAUAGAGUCAGGCCCUAAUAUAACAAACGCAUUUUGCUUGCAGAUUAAAAGCAAGCAGUGAAACACAAAUGAUCUCAAAGAACUCAAAGUACACAAAAAAGUGUUUGAAGAACUCGACCUAAAACAUAUAACAAUUCAAAAGCGUGAAAAAACAAAUAAAGACACAAUUGAAUUUAAAAAAGAAAAGCAAAACAAUCUCAACAUGCCACAUAUAGCUGCCACAGGUGCAGCCUACUACAGCGCCACUUCAACGAAGCUGGCACCCACUACACACAGGCGCUGGCUGACACUGUUCUUCGUGGGCUGCGUGGCCAGUUUGUGCGGCAAUGCGGUGCAAGCCAGCCCGCUUUCGCCAGCAGGUGAUUAUCCUGGUAUGGCGGACAAUGCGAGAAACUCACUGCAAUUGAGUCUGUCAGACCCGCGUGGACAAACGCGACGUGUGGCAUGCCGCCGCGCUUGUUGGGCCAUGUACAUUCCUGAGAAAGGUGAUUGCCUCAAAGACACAAGGUGUUAUCAGUGCUAUCUCAACUGUAUGACUCCGCCAGCUCCCGUACACGUCACCACAACAACCACAACAAGCACGACAACCAACGUACCAACAACUGCGGAAAAUGUGGAAAGAUAUCAAUUGCAACAUAAACAACAAAAAUUACAACAACAAAUGCAGCAAUCAUCAAAAAUUAAUAAACCCAUCCAGGAGACUUGGACUUUGCGCACAGUUUCAAUGUUGCAACAAGACUCAUUGGUGCUCGUCGACAUCGCCUGGGAUGCACUGAAUACGCCAAAUCAAUGCCUCAUCAGCUGGGAGGUGUCCGGUGGUGGACUGAUGGGCAAUCUCCUGACCGAGUCAUCGAUUGUGCAGUUAUCACUAUGGCCCGACACAAAGUACCGCGUGAAGGUCACCUGCAAAAAUAAGCUCACCGGCUUCAUGUCCCGCUCGCUGCCACUGAGCAUUGACACAUCCGAGGCAGUGAUGGCACACGAACACAGUGGCCAACAUAAAACACAAGCAGCCAAUGCCGAUGCCACAUUGAUUUCCACAACAACAAUCGAUAGUAGAACACUCCCAGCCAAUAAAGUCGAACCACAAAAAACCGAGCAAAUCAACAGCAAUGCAAUCGACCAAAACAGUAAUGGCAACACAGAAUAUGUGGACGCCGAUAGUUCCUCGAAUUCUAACGGUUUGAUUGCCGAUGCCGAGAACGCCGCCGUGCUGCCAUACGACGAGCGCGACGACGAUCAUGAUCAGUCAGUCGAGGCGUUGAAUCGGCACACAGCGUUCGUUUUCAACUGGCACUCCCACAACAGCGACAUUAGCCUGAUUGAACCGAUACACAAGCCCGAUCUGAGCUUGCUCACAAUGGCCAUUGCCGACAUGCAGAAACCCUUCUUCUUCGGUUUGCUCUCAGGCAUCAUUAUGCUGGUGUGCCUGGUGCUCGCGUACCGCUGCCUGCUGCGUCGCCAGCGCUUAGCGUAUGAGAAGUCCAUGCUAAUCACCGAUGAUGCCGCGCACGCGGUCGUCUCAGUGGCGCCCGCCGAAGUGGCCAUGCGCCUUGCCAACAACAAGGCGGCGGCACGAAAAGCCAAGGAGGGCGGUCGGCAUGGCUGCGGCGCCGGCGUGGCUGGCUUUGCUGGCGUUGGCAGCGCGUUGGGCGCGACGUCGCUAGCCUACCAGCGCAGCGAUGAGGAGGAAGAGUACGAGCGCGGCGCGGAGGAGGUGUGUAGUAAUCCGGCGAUCUGCUCGAGAAACGCGCUCAAAGUGUAAGUGCGUGCAGGUGCGUAUGCGCGUCAGUUAGUCAGCCGGCCAGAGGUAUAAGCCGUGGCGUAGUAGUAAGCUGUAUCGAUUGAGAUUAAAACAGGAAUUAAGUUACACACACACACUACAAAAAGGCAAAUUAAAGCGUUUAAGAAAGUAAGCUUAUUCCGUAGGCAUACAAAGGCAAAAACAAGCAUGCAAAAUACUUAUAUAAAUAUCGCUAGUUUUGUAAGGAGCAUUAGCAUAGGACUACAACUACUCUAAUAUGUAUAAAUUAAGCGACUAGUUGCAGUGUGUUGCCGGUAAACUAAAGUGAUUUACAAAUACAAUAUGUAGUUGUUGUCGUUUCGUGCCGCAUUUGCGUCAACUACUUUCCGUUAGACAUAACCUAUAUUUAAGUCAGCAUAUUUAACCAGAAUAUGAACAAACAAACAAGCAAACAUACAAAUGCAACUGUGUAGUAUAAAUGCGAGUGCAGUCACACUCGUGCGCAUAAUAAUAGCAUUUAGACUAAAAAUCAAUAUUCAUUCUAAAUAAUCGUGUGUUGCAAAUUACGCAUUUAUGUGAUGCCAAGUUGAAGCUGUGCCGCCACAGUCGGGCCACUCACACCGCAUACAUAUAACAGCAAAUAUAUACAUAUAUAUAGGUAUAAACUAAAUAGAGUUUAGUGUAAUAUGCGAAAUUCCAUAAUUCAUUAUUUACAGUCGGUUGAUUGCAUUCAUUUGCGUUUGCAUUUGCUGCAAUUAAACAGUUAUGCGAGCGCUGCGCUUGGAUUGUGUGCUUGUAUGCCUGUGCAUGCGUGUGUAUAAAAGUGUGCUUGUGUGUGUGCGUGUGCGAUAAUUUGAGUGCGCUUGUGCAAGUUUAAUUACUAGAAAUUUCAACUGACAGCUGGGCGGAUGUGAAUAUGGUAUAAGUAUGUGUAUAUAUGCAUGCAACAUGCACAGUUACACAGUCUAAGUUUUGUGAGCUUUCAAGUUGAAGCUUAAAUUGUGUAAAGCAAAUCAUAUAAAUGCCGUUAUAUUAUGUUAAUUGCUACUAAUUGUGUAUGCCAGCAGUUGGCGUUUAAGUCAUUGAUCUUGUUUCAAUCAAAUUGAAUGGAGAGUUUUAGUGUUUUUGUAGAAUAUGAGGAUUAUGCUGAGAGCUUUUAAGUCCGAUACUAUUUUCGAUAUAUAUAUAUAUAUACAUCUUUAUAUAUAAAAAUAACGUGUCACGUUGUUUAUCCGCGAUGGACUCCUUAAAUACUGAUCCGAUUUUAGUAAAAUUUGGCACCCUGUGUCCAGUUCGAACCAACUUAGAAGAUAGGAUAGUAAAAACAAUUCAUAAAUAAAAAAAUACAGUGAAAGCUCUAUUAAAUGGACGCUCUGUUAAGCGGACAUCUCCAUUAGCCAUGCACAUUGUUGAUGUUUAUUAAGUACAAUCUAUUAAACGGACAACUCUAUCAACUGGACAGAAAGGCUGGUAACCAGACAUUGAGAAAGAAGCCUUAAAUUCGUUAUGUUUUUCAAUGAAAUUUAUUUGCAUGAACAUGACAACGACGUGUUUGAAUAAUUUAUUAUUUGAAUACCACAGCAAAGUGUGGCCGGAUCCACUAGCACAUAUGUAUAUAUAUGUAUAUAGUUAUGUAUACUUGCAUAUAUAAUAUCACUUUGAGCACAGAGAUUUUAGUAUCGUAAAACAUGGUCAGUGAUUUGAUUAUUCUGAAAAGUCGCAGAGAUCUAGGUGUUCAGAGCUGCAAUAGUGCACGAAGCACCAUUUUGAUCUCUAUAUUGUGAACUUCUUUAUCUGAAUCCUGUGAAAGGGAUCUCUUUAGUUUUUACCCACUUAGAUUGGCAUUAGUAAUUCAUUAAAAAGUGAUUGAAUUUCCUCGCCGAUAGUUGAUUAUCUCCGACUCAUAAUAUACCACGAAUUUUCCAUGCGAACUCAUCAAGUUUCUCCCUUCCUACGUACUUCUCUUGAAAGAGAAAUAUCUUUUUUUGUUUUGAGAACAGAAAAGUCUCAAAAAAUGUUGUCGUUCUAAAAUAUGUUAAACGCCACAGGAAGUUACACAUAUUUUUUGUAUAUAUUUUAAUUCCCAGGCCGGUGCUAUAUACAGCAAAAAGUUCAGCUCUCAAUUGAGUGAAAAUUAAUGGGUUACCACUAACCCAUAAACUGCGCUGGGCAAGUACACUAAUCAUUGGCGGCUUUUGGUCUUCGAUACAUUUUAUUUUUAAUUUCUCCUAUAAUCUUUUCGUUCAUUAGUAGAUUAAAAUUAAAAUAAAUAAAUGAGAAAUAAAAUAAAUUUGAUAAAAAAAGUAUUAUAAAAUUUAUUUUUAGUUGCUUUAAACGUCAACUGCUCAUACAUCGAUAUAAGUUUCAAUACAAAAAGUUCAGCAAGUAAAACAAGACAUAAAUAUAACUUUAAAAACGAAAAAAAAUCAAAAGUAUAAUUGUAGAAUAUUUUAUCAACAAGUAAACUAAUAAUGUAGUGGUAACUUAAUUGCUCAAUUUGCAAUUAGAUGUGCUUUGCUUUUACUUAAAGUUUGACUUCGGCUUGAUGCUUCUUUAGAGAAUAUGCCACGCAAUUCAAAAUUUUGUAUAAAAAAAGUUCAAUUGAGUAAAUGUUGAAACCCCCCUUACUUGCCCCCAUGAAAAACCACACAUUGACACUUCCUUCCAAGCACCUCCCAAAGCACACAACCACCUUUAUUUAUUAGUGUUGUAACUUUCUCCCAAAACACAACCAAUGAAAGCUUCCAAAUCAGAAUAAAUCUAAAAAAACAAAAGCUCUGCAUUUGAAGAAGAAGAAAAAAUAUUAUUUCAUUUUUAUUACUCUAGAAAGAAAGAUAAUCAAAACUAAGCAAAUUUUUAGUGAAAAUAUUACGGAAGAAAGGGAAGGAAAGGAAUUAACAGCAAACAUUUUUGAUAUGUGUGUAUUGGUGUGCAAAGUAUUAGCUAUUAAUAGCAAAAAAUCUAGUUUACAGUUUGUUUGCUUUGCCAAGCGGGGCUUAUUUGGGGUGGGCAUGCGGUGGUAAAGUUAACUUGGAGGUGCUGCCGAAACGACAUGGCGUAUGAGUAACAUGUUUGAAAGGUUACUUAGAAAUUCGCAAAAUAUUGCUCGAAUUUCAUUUUCAAGCAUGUAUUUGCAAAACUCAGUAUGCCCUCCAAGCACCGCUGCCUGCCCACACAUACACACACCACCAAUUUAUACAUACGAACAACACAAACAAACACUUUGGCAUUAAACUCAAAACUUUAGGCAAAUAAAUUAUAAGGCUAAAAAUACAAAACGAAAAAAAAUAUUGAAACAAAAUUCAAAAUUAACCGUAAAUGUAUUAGAGAAAAUUAAAAAAAAGCUUAAUCAAGUUAAAACUACAUAAGUACGCGUAUAUUUGUACAUUAAAAUGAAUGUGUAAAAUUGAUGUGAAUUUGUGUUACCGCUAGUGCAAAAAACACAACACCGACAACAACAACAACAACAAGAACAAAGAACACGUAAAAUUUAAAAUAACGAACAAGGACAACAACAACAACAACUGAAAUGCUUCCACUGCGCCAGUGUUGCAUGUUUUUUGCAAAGCAACCACGUAAACACAAAUCAACAACAAAAUUUAAGCAAAAAUCAAAAUGAUUAAAAAAUACGAAAAACAACAACAAAUGAGCACGUCGAUAUUCCUUAUUAAAAACAAACAAACAACAAUUGUAUGUAUGUAAUGUGUGAAUAAAGCGACGAAGCACUUUCCACACAAGCCACUAAAGAGCUGCGGAGAAAUAUUCUUUCGGACUUUUUUGUUGGUGUGCGGUGCGGAAAAUGCGGAAAACGCUGCUUAGUUAAGUUUUUUCUAGAUGCUAUGAUUUCGCUUUAAAUGUUUUUUGCUUUUUUAUGUGUAUUCAUUUCUCAUGUAAUGUGUAUAGAAGAAAGUUAAAAAAGAAUUAACUAAAAUUAGUGAAAAGUAAUUAAUCAAACAUUUCGGCUAAAUAAGACAAAAUUUUUCAUAUGAAGUAUAUCUAAAGAAAAUUAAAUAAGAAAAGCUUAAAAUGCAGUUAGCGAGCAAAAAAAAAUGUAUUAAAAAAGUUUUAAAUUUAAAAUCUAUUCAAACAAGUCGGCCAAAUUAACGAAUAAAUCAGCAACAAUCCAAAAUUAACCCCAGACGCUUCCAUUUAUCUAUGAGUAUGUCAUUGCGGCCAACAGUUUUGUGAAAAUAGCGGAAAAAAAUUUAAAGGUUUCAAACAUUUUUUGAGAGCUGAUUUUAAUAACUUAAAUUUUUUAAUAAAUUUUACUCGCAAAAAAAAAGGUAUUAAGUGCUAAAGACAAGACAGAAAUUUAUUCACUUACUUAAUAGCGCAAGUUGCUAAUUGUCUAAGUCAGUUCUUAAUUUAGUCAAUUAAUUAAUUUCACAAUUUACUAAUUUACUCAAUCUUUUCCUUAAAUUAAUAAAUUAAAUAAUUGCACUAUUUGCUACUGAACUAAAUCAGUUCCUUAAUUCAGUCAGUUAAAUAAUUUCACAAUUUACUUAUUAACAAAAUUAAUUAGUUGUCAAUUAAAAAAUUUUAAAAUUUACUAACUGGUUGAUUCCGUUUUCUAAUUUAGUCAAUUAAUAAAUUGUUGAAUAUGAUUUGUUCAGUUUGAUAAUAGACAACAUUUAUUCAUUGCAUAAUACACUACUUGAUUACAUUAGUUCCUUAAUUGAGUCAAUCAUAGAAUUUUAAAUUUCCCUAAUGUACAAAUUUAGUUCCUUAAUUUAAGCAAUUAGUAAAUUAUUCAAUACGGAUUGUUCAAUUUACUAAUUGACUAAAUUAAGUUAAUGCAUAAUAUGCUAAUUAGUUAAUUAAAUAAUUGUAAAUUUCCUAAUGGACUAAGCCAGUUCCUUAAUUUAGUGAAUUAGUAAAUUAAACAAAUCAUAUUGAACAAUUUAUUAAUUGACUACAUUAAUAUUUUCACAUAAUAUGGUAAUUGACUCAGUAAUUUUUUUAGUUUAGUCAAUUAAAUAAUUUUAAAUUUGCUAGUUGACUGAAUUAGUUAAUUUCAUCAUUUAGUAAUUGACUAAAUCAGUUCUUUAGUGUAGCCAAUUACAUAAUUGUACAAUUUACUAGUUGACCAAAUCAAUUAAUUGCAUGGUUAACUAAUUGAGUAAAUUAAAUAAUUUUAAAAUUUGCUAAUUGUCUGAAUUAGUUAAUUGCCUGAUUUACUAACUUACUAAGUCAGUUAUUUAAUACAGUCAAUUACAUAAUUGUUUAAUUUACUAAUUUACCAAAUCAAUGAAUUGCUUAGUUAAUUGCGAGAAUUAAGAAACUGAGUGAAUGCAUUUGUAAAACUUACAACUGACAAUAUCCAAAACAGCUUAAGUUAACGGAAAAAAGAGAGAAUCUUAAUUGUGCCAGCUAAUUAAAAUCAAAAAUUCAAAGAUUCAGAUUUUUUAAAUUUUUACAACAUGCCAGCAUAUUUAGCUUUCCCUAAGUUGACUUAAGCUACUUUAUUAUAUAGGCAUGGAUAUAAUAUAAUAUUCCAUUAUUCACUUAACUGUUUGCCAGCAAUGAGCAUGAUUUAUAAAAACAAAAAUGCACAAAACACAAAUGACCCAAACCACAAAAUUCACUGCACUACCAAAUCCCCAAGAACUUCAUUAAGUCCUUACCUCCAUAUAAUGUAUAUACAAGCAGAAUGAAAGGAACAAACGAAAGACGAGUGGAAUGAAGUGAAAAUGCGCUGCGCAGCAACAUUUCUAUGCGUUAGUUACUGCAGGCGUAAGCAGGAUUAAAAGAUUAGCAUUGCCACGAGCCUUUCACUUAAAUAAUGCCAGCAUUCAUGCGAUCUCCUAGGCGAUACAUAUAAACAAGUAGACACUUUACCAUUUGUAUAUAUUUACAUAAGUAUGUAUAUACUCAUAUUGAUUUCAGCCAUUCAGCCAACUCACUUGAUAAUCAUACAAAUUUUUACGUUCAGCCAUUUUUGCAUGGAUUCGCUUGUGCCGUUAAGCAAAAUGUUCAUCUCUCUGUAUUCGUCUAGGUAUACAGCUUAAAGCGUAUGAAGAAACAGCAUUAAUUAUAUUAAUAUAAAGGCAUACGAAUGCAUUAAUUCACACACAACAUAUGAAUUGUUCCAUUUAUUCAGCCACACAAUCAGCUAUGCGUUCAAUCAUUGCAUAUUCAAGCAACUAUUCGUAUGUGUGUCCAUAUGUGUAUGUGUUGCGCUUCAACGGUAUUUAAACGCUCAUUCAUUCAGCAAAUCCGUACGCAUUUCAACAUAUAUAUUUAUAUAUAAAGAUAUUGUAUGUGUGGGCAUACUUAAGCCCUGCUUGUAAUGCUUUCCUUCAAAUAUUCAAUCAUUUAAUCAAUUAUUCAAGAUAUUCACUCAUAUUGCCAUUGACAUUUAAUAAUUCACUUAGGCGCAGUCGCAUUGAACACUCAUAUGUCAUUGCGGGCAAUAAGCAACACAUUCAUUCAAGCAAUUCAUCUCAGAUAGCAAGUAGAUAGCAUUAACAGUAGGAUAAUCGUAUGAAUACAGGCAUACUUCAGAACUAUUACCACUACAUAAAACAUAAUCAUAGAUAUCGACAACGCUUACGACUGCAUAUGUGUGUGUGCGUAUGUUAAAUUCUAUACGUACUCACAUACAAUAUUCGAUAAGCAGGCAUCUGAUUGGGCAAAUAGUAUGUGGUGACAUACUUACGUAUAUAAGCCGUUAUAUACGAGUACUAUUAUCUUGAUGCAACAAAAUAGUUCGUAGAAUGUUAAUAAUUACAAUACAUUUGUGUGAUACACACACUACUACAAGUGUAGAUAUAUAUAUAUAAGUAUUUUUUCAAAGUUUAUUAUGCAGCCAUUUUACAAAUAGCUACAGACACAGGCAAACAGACGCCAAUCAUACAAACUAACUUACAAAUACGCAAUAGAAAAUGAGUUCAAAUGUAGCAAAUGGUCAGUGAGGUCAGUUCCUAAGCUAUGAUUAUAGCUUCACGCAUAAAUUUUCUAAUUGAUUAAUUUUAAGUGGCAGUUAAUGAAAGGAAAUGAUGCGUAAGCAUAUGAGCAGAAUUAUAUAUGUAUAUAUGUAUAUACCUUUAGGCGCCACUCAACAUUUUCGUUCAACACUUACUUAACUUCUCACACGGUUUGUGAAUAAACAAUUUUUUCCUAAAAAUACGCAUUUGGGGGUAAUAAUUAAUUUUGACUUUUGAGAAAUGACUAAGGAACUUAAUUUUGUGACAAUUAAAAAUGUAGAAGAUUUAUAUUUAUUUCUAACUUCAAUAAUUCCUUUUCGUUCCACAUUUAUUCUUAACUCUCGAAGAGACGGAACAUAUAUCAAUCAAAAAGACAGCCGCCUUAAAAGUAGAAGGCAAUCGAAAGGAGGUAAACUCAGAAUUAUAUUUUAGAGCCAACCGUUUUACUAAUUCCUUUUCAAUUUGAAAUAAAGAACAACAGUGAAUUCUUUUUCAAAACAAACUAAGAGGUGGCGUCGAAUAGGUAAAGUUAAUUAUUACAUUAUCAUAUGUAUUCUGUCGUAUUUUUGUUCAACUGAACUGAAAAGAAGAAAGUAAUAGAUUAACUUUAAAUCUAAAUCAUUCAUACUUUUUCAGAAAGCUAGCUAGGAUUUCGAUCCUUAAAACUCUGGAACAUACGUUAUCAAAUUCCUAAAUUUGAGGUGACAAUCGUUGGGGGAUGUCAAAGUUUUUGCUUGAACCAAGAAAUUUUUAUUUUUGGAACCCUGAAAAGUGGAAUUUGCUGUAGGACAUGGUUCUUUGAUUACACAAACCGCCUGAAGAUAACAAAACCUGCUGAAAAUUGUAUAUUUAUGAGCUAUCGAAAGCUUAAGCGCUGCUAUAUUUAAAGGGUAAGCCAUUUCGAGGUUCUCUACUUUUUUAAACAAAAACCACAGAAACUUCAAAUUUAAUGGGGAAUAUUUAUUAUUAUUCGAAAGAACAUUCUUUGGCAUUUAUUUUUUAAUGAUUACAUCCUUCAAAUGUUGCCAACGACUUCUUCUCAGAUGGUCUAGCCCUUAGGUCCAAUUUUCGAUGGCUCGAUCGAUCAUUUCAACUGAUAACUGCCGAAUGACGAGCCUGACGUUUUUCUCCGAGACCUCAAUCGAUGUGGGAUUGUCUGUAUAGACUAUAGACUCUACAUAAUCCCAUAGGAAAAAGAAUCGCGAUAUUGGUGGCCAAUCGACCGGCCCAAAACGUGAAAUUAUUUGCUCACAGAAAUGUUCUCUCAAUAAAUCCAUUGAUUUAUGAAAUGUGUGGGAAAUGGCACCGUCCUGUGGAACCACAUGUCGCUGAGAUCACGUGCUUCAAUUUCAGGUAUUGGUUAUCAUGGCGCGAUAACGCUCGCCAUUGAACGACUAUGUUCACAACGUCAGCAUUUUUGAAGAAAUAUGGACCAAUGAUUCCACCGGUCCACAAACCACACCAAAUCCCAGUUUUUUCAUGAUGAAAUGGCAGCUCUUGAAUCUCUUCAGCUUGCUCUUCGUCCCCAAUGCGGCAAUAUUACUUGUUUAAAUACCUUCUGAGCCAAAAAUAAGACUCAUCCAUGAAAAAAAUUUGGAUGGAAAACGUCGGAUCCUCUUGGAACUUUUCAAAAGCCCAUAGAGAGAAGCGAUGUCGCUUGGGAUGGUUGAAGGGCUUCAGUUCUGACACAAGUUAUUAUAUAUUUUGUAUGCUUUCCAGUUGAGAAGCGAAUGACGCCGAAUCGAGAUCUGGACAAAGCUAAUGCGUGAUCUGUCAAAAAAGCUCUAUUGAAAAAGUAACUCUACUUGGUUCACCCGUUAGAAUCUUGCAAAUUCUUAUUAGUUCUUUAGAAAAAGUUUCUUUAAUCAGGUGAAGUCAAGUAAAUUACAAAAGAGUUAGAUCUUAAUCCGAAUUCGUUCUAAAUUGGUUUUCAUACUUAAAAAUUUAAGAUUUCUGCACUUAAUAUGCCAAAACUUUACUUUUUCAUCAUAAUUGCCAGACUGAUUUUUCAGGACUUAAUAAUCAAAUUCUCAUUGGCUCUCCCGCUCACACUUUGCUGCCCAUUUGCUACAUUAUUUACACAAAUCCAGCUCAACUUACGAAACAGUCAAUACAAAGUGAGACAUUUUACUAAUAAUUAUAAGAAAUAGACCUACAGAGCCAACACACAUCAAUACUAAACGCUAACUACAAUAAUUUGCAAUAAAAUUGUACUGUAGCUAAAUACUAUUUAGACGAUAAGCCCAAUAAAAGUAUGUUUACAUACUUAAAUACCGCAUGAAUAACUAAACUGUUAAUGCAAAACUUGCAAGGAUUUCGGUUUAGAAGGCUAAAUUAACUGAAAUCCAUAAAUAAGACUGUAAAUACUAAUUUUAUAUCUCCACACACGUAAAUAACUAAGAACUUACUAAAUUAAUAAAUAACUAAAUAGACGACUUUAAUUGCAAAUGGCAAACAAAUGCGAAGUGCUUACCUUGCAGAGAGAGCAGCGGGGUCGGGGGUCAAAUGCAGCGCUGUAUUAUUUGCUUAAAGGGUACGAGGAGCCGAUAUUGGAAAUCCAAAUGUGAGCAAUGAAAAUCUAAACGCUUGCCACAUG